GAAGUAUCUCUUUGAACAACAUUCGUCAAGAUGGCCAAGACACCCUCCAAGCAAUCCGCCAAGGCGCCGAAGAAGGCCGCCACCGGCACCAAAUCCAAGAAGCGUACGGAAACAUACAGUUCUUACAUCUACAAGGUCUUGAAGCAGGUUCACCCGGACACAGGUAUCUCCAAGAAGGGCAUGUCCAUUAUGAACUCCUUCAUCAACGAUAUUUUUGAGCGUAUUGCUACCGAAGCUGGUAAGCUCGCCACAUACAACAAGAAGGCAACGCUCAGCAGUCGUGAAAUCCAGACCGCCGUCCGUCUCAUGCUUCCCGGUGAACUCGCCAAGCACGCCGUCUCUGAGGGAACGAAGGCGGUCACUAAGUUCUCUAGCUCUUAAAUGCUCAUAUUCUGACAUGCAUUCACUGACAAUGUAUGCUGUGAAACGAGAGAAACACACAAACAAACCGGAUUUUUUAAAAUCCACCCCUUCAAUCAAAGUAAAAACGCUUCUUUGGCUGCCGCGUAACGUUGUGAACCGAUCUCGCACAGAGCACCGCACCGCUCCAAUUAAUGUAUGCUGGUACAUAUGGUUGCGGUAGACAACAUUUUUUAAAAACCAUUUCCAUUG